UCCAACUUCUGUCAAAAUUGUCAAAAAAAUUGUUUUAUACAUAUGCGUUUAUCUAUCAACAAUUCUAAUCAAAUAAUAAACAUAACGGUUUAAAUUGAACGUGUUUACGUGAUACGCAUUGCAAUAAUCAAAAUUUAAACAAUUUCAAUGUAAAUAUAAUAAAAUAAACGUAAGUUGCAAUUUUUAUCAUCUUUCAGAACUAAGUUCUUGCUAAAUGGAAUCAUCACACUAAAAUUAAUCCAUAAAAAGAAAACGAAUUAAAUAGAAAAGAAAAUGUCUGGCGUGUAUGGACCCACGACUAUCGAUAGACAAAACUGUGAGAAUGGGAAUGGAAUAUCAAGUAAUUUACGGUACAUAUCAUCUUUAACUAGAGUCAAAAAGCAUCAAAUUAUAAGGUCAUUACCACUUAUAAUAAGUUUGAUUUGUUUAAUAAUAGGGUUAUCUCUUAUUUUAAUUGGUUCAUUAGGGAACUUAGCGAUAGAAAAGGAUCCUUCGAAUUGUAUAUUAAUCAUUGUUGGGUUCAUACUUUGUGGAAUAUCAUCCGGAUUAUUCUUGUUUUAUAUGAAACGAGCUGGAAAAUUAUAUUGUUGUCCCAAAAAGACCCACUUAGAUGUAGCUGGUAAACAUGUUUCAACAAAUCCUUCAACCGAUUUAUUAGUUUCUGCAACGUAUCCCCCUGUUUCGGAUGUGGCAUAUCAACAAUCGCAAGGUGAUACGGAAAAUAGUAGACUUAUGGUACAAGAACAUACCAUUUUAAGUAAUGAAGAUGCAGAUAGAAUGAUUGAAUCGGAUCCCAGAAUUGUUUUGAGGCCCUUAAAAUCGGCAAAUGAAGAUUGUUAAGAUUUCUUUAAAGAAAAUCUAAAAUCACAAUAAUCGUCUCUCUUCUUAGAAACUUAUUUAAAUGCUAAAGAAAAUAUUUUUAUGUAGUAAACAACAAUUUUGCUUGCGAUAGGAUGUCAAGUAAAGUACAAAAUUUCAAAUAUUACAUUAAAAAUUGUUAACGUUUUAAAACAAAUCUAAAAUUAAAAGCAGUAUUAGAAUUUAUCUUGAAUAUUAUACGCUUAAUACGCUUUUUUUUUUCAUUAUUUAGUACACCGUAAUGUUUGUAACGCAACUGUGAUGAACACAUUCCGUUCAUAUAUAUAUUUUCUUAAUUUAUUUAAUGUAAGACUUUAAAAAAAUUGGAAACUUUUAUUAUUCUCUUUCGUAGAGAAUUCGUAUUAAGUUUUUUUGAACUUUAUAUUUACUAAGAUAUGUAUUAGUAAUUUAACGCUUAGAAAUAACUUUUUAAUGAAUUCUAAUUGCUUUGGAAAUCUAUUAACGAGUUAUUCGUACUAAAAUCUUAGCAAUAAUCGUUUUUAAAAGUUAAAUGUACACUCGAUGGGCAGUGCAAUUUGGAUGUAUUUAUUUUGCUUCGUUUAAUCGCUUGGUAAUAAUAAUAAAGUACGUUAUUUCUCAUUUAUUAUUAA